AUGUAAUACCAAACAUUUAAGCCAACAAUUUUGAAUGAUACCACCAAUUAAUAAUAAUAAGGAAUGGCAAGACCUAGCUCUAAAUUCGUAAGUUAAAAAAUAGACCAUACAAAUAGUAUUAAUGAAAAUAAAAAAUCUGUGGCUUAAUAAAUAGAAGCGAUAGAAUAUAUUUAGGAAAUAGAGGAAUAAAAAUCUGUAAUAGAAGGAUAAAAUUAAUUUAUCUAAAUUUUAAGAAAUUCAAUAGAGAGUAAAUUAUAGAUUGAAGGAUUUUAAAUGAUAUUAGAUUAAGUAGAAAAUAUGUCAAAAGAAUAAAAAAUUGAUUUAUUUGCAUUAAUUACAUAGUUAUAUUAGGAGUUGUCAAUCUAAAAUUAGUAAAAUGCACAAGUUGAAAAUUUAUAACAAUUAGUAGAAAAUUUAAAUAAAUAAAUUAAUUGUUAUGCCAAAGAAUUAACUGAAUUAAAGGUUGAUAAGUAAUAUUUGUUGGAUUAACUCGAUUAAUUAUAAGGUAUCACUAAAGAUGAUGACACUAUUUUAUUUAAAGAUGCAUAAAUAUCAAAAUUAGAAUCAGAGAUUCAGCAUUAUAAAACUCAGAAUUAGAAAUUGCUUUUGCAAAAUGAAAAAUAUUAAGAGGAUCUAACCUAACUGGAGAAAAGACUAAAUAAGAUUCAUCUUAAUUUAAAAACUGAGGAAUGUGAGAAAGAAGAACUAAUCAAAGAAUUAGAAAAUUUAAAAUAAACUUUCUACAAAAGUCAAGUUAAAGAAGAACAUAAAUUAGAACUAAAUUUAGCUUUAAAGGAAUAAGAGUUAGAAUUUAGUAAUAAUAAAAUCAAAAAGUUAGAGGCUUAAAUUAAAGAAUUAAAUUUAUUAAUAGAAGAGUAAUAAAAAUAAAUUGGAACAUAAAAAUAUUAAAUAGAAAAUUUGCAAUAAUAGCAUUAAUUAUAAUAUGAUUAAUUAGAGAUUGAAAUGAAUUAAUAUCGAAAUGAAAUUCAUGAAUAAUAAAUGUAUUGUGAACAAUUGUAAUCAUAGUUAUCAGUGUCAGAAUAAUUUAUUUAAUAAAGUAAAUAUUUAUAAUAAAUAAAAAGUUAUCGAUGAAAUGCGUAAAAUUAUAAAAACUAAUGACUCAGAUAUUUUCAAUAUCUUAUAACAAUUAUCAGAAAAUAUUUAAACUUUAAACUCAAAUGAAUAAAGGUUGAAGUAGAGUGAACAUGAAAAAUCUUAAAUAAUCUUUGAUUUAUAACAUUAAUUUACAGACUCCUAAUAAAAUAAUUAAUAAUUAUCUGAGUAAAUAUCCCUAUUAACUGCAUAAACAUAGUAAUAUUAAAAUGAUAUCAAAUAAUUAGAAAAAUAAAAACGAUUAUUUAGGUAGGAAUUUGCUCAUAUGAAAUAAUUAGAAGAAUAGAAAAAUCAAGAAAUUAAGGAGUUAGAAAAAUAAUUUUAAAAAUUUGAUAAAAAAUUCUCUGAAUAAUUAGAAAGAUCUAUAAAAAUUGAGAAAGAAAAUGCUUAAUUAAAAGAAUAAUUGUCCCUAUCUUAAUAGUAAUUAGCUAAUGCAAAAAGUCAAGUUUCUAAUAAAAAAUCUCUAAGCUUCAGCUAAUCAUCAUUUACAGAAUAAAAAGCAAAAAAUUACGAUUAUAUUGCGCUUUUAUAAACUGUAAAAUAUAUUGUUAUAUAAGUUUGAAAAAGUAAAGCCUUUAUUUCCAAGUGAAGCUCUUGAUUUAGUUUAGGAGAUGCACACUUUACAGAACAAAUUAGUAAGGACAGAUGAAAUAGAUAGUUAAUUAAUUUAAGAAGAAAUAAAGAUAUAACAAAAAAUAUCUAUUUAAUAACUCAAUCUAAAAAAUAUGCAGGCUUAUCUAUCUAAAAUAUUAUCCGAAAAUAAAAAAUUAAAAUUAGAAGUACUUACAUUAAAUUUAUAUCAAAGUUAUAAAUGAAUUAACCUAUACAUGCUGAGUAAUCCUAAUCAUAAGAAUGUUUAUCAUAUGAUUAAGGUAGAAGCUUCUCUAGAUUUCAUAAGUAAUCAAUGUCAGUUCAUACAAAACCAAAAUGUUAAUGA